AUGGCUACCUCUCGAGAUAGCCCCGCGCCUGUCUUGCCCGGCCGAGCCCUUGGAUUCCUCACUCUUGGGGCAUCACUGCACCACGUCGUUACCCGUCUUAAGUCUCUUCCCGAGAUAUACAAGGCAUUAGAACUAGGCUAUGACAUCGCCAAACCUCUCCAGGAGCCUGUCAUACUACAACUUCCAGAGAACGGUUUGCGACUUCGUUUUGAUGGGCCUGACCAACGCCUGCGACUGAUAGAAGUUUUGGAUUUCAGCAAGAUCCCCCUCGUCUACAAGACCCAUGAGGUAGUAAAGCCAUCAAAAUCACCCUCUGAUCCACCAGGAUUUGGUCCUGGGUUUCGCCACAUAUACAACAGGUUGUUUGGACCAACUUAUCCCGGAGAGUACACCCCUCCUGUUGCGGGAGAAACGCAUGGGACCUAUGUCUUAUCAUAUCCUGGAGUUGCAUUCUCAUUCUCUCUAUUGCAUAGCGCAUGGACAGAAAAGCAGGAUUUUGUCUCACUGAUGUCUUCCUCUGCUGCAUCCGCUGCCUUGUCUAUGGCAAUAUUUCAGGGAUCAUCUUGGUCGGAUGGGCAAAGCAACUUGUUUACCCGUCAACCUCAAUACCCACGAUCGAGCGCACUAAUGGGCAAGAACAAGGAGUCUGUUGCAGAUGAGGUUGAACUCGUCAAAGUUCAUGAGGGCGGACAUAUUGAGCUUAUCAGGCGAUCAAGCAACCCCUUUUGGAUCAUUUUCGGCGAAACAACUCCUCAAGAUCUUAUCACGGAAUUAGGGCCCCCAGAUGCCAUCUAUCGAAAAAGUGACAGCCGUAUCCUAAUCCACGGUGAAGGAGAGAAGAAUGUAGCUGGAACGACUAAUGGAGGAGGCAACUUACCUACUCCACCCACUGAUCCCUCAGAUAUUGAUCCACAAUUUGAUAGCGCCUUGACUGAUGAAUCGGAAGAGGAUUCAGGCGCAGCAACAAAUGAAGAAUCCGCAUUGCCGAGUGACUGUUUCUAUAAUUAUUUCAGCCAUGGCUUCGACAUCUUAGUUGCCCCAUCUACAUCUGGUCGCCGCUCGCCAGGGUCACCCACAAGAGAAUUAUAUGCGACAGGGGGUACACCAGAACUUGUCACAUCGAAAAUCAUACUACAUGGCAAUGUCCCAGGAUCGUACCCUUUCAACCGACAUAGGCGCUGCAGGUGGAUGCUACAUUUUGGUUCCAACAAGGAGACAAUCACAUCUGAAACACCAUACGGAGAAAUUUCUCCAAUACUUAAGGAACGAUGGCGAGGCAGCUAUGCUAGCCCUGCAGAAGAAGCUUCCUUCCAGAGGGGUAUGGUGCUCAAUCGCGGAUGGGGUGAGACUCCGGGAAGUAGCAUCGAAUUAUUGGGCAGUUGGGAAGAAAAUCCAUCCAAUAAAAACAAAACAGAUCAUAACCCAGAAAUACCUAGUUCAUUGGGGAAUACUGAACUAUACGGAUUCCCGGGUCUACUUUUUGAAGUCCUUAAGAAUGGCUCUGUCAAUUGUUUGACUGUGUAUUAA